AUCAGACUUGCCCUCAGUCGUUCUUCCGCUCAGAAAAUGCUCCUGUCGUUGCUGCGACGCACUCCGUCCUCCAUCCGUCAGCUGCGCUCAUUCUCCAAUGUGUCAAGCCAAAACCACCAAUCUCAGAUGCAAGCUCAAACUCUGGCGCACUCUCGCGAACGCGGUCUGAGAAUCCUAUUCUUUGGCUCGGAUCGCUUCUCAGCGCUCUCGCUCAAGGCGCUGGUCGACCAUUCGUCGCUGUCGCUUCCGCCCCCACCCGCCGAUACAAGCAGCCAGACACCCGGUAGUGAUCCUGACGCGCGUCGCAGGGCAACCAGACCGAUCGCGAGCAUUGAAGUCGUCAUCAAGCAGUCCGAUUCGCAGCGCCAGAGCAAGCGUGGCGGAGUUGCUGAUCGGACGUUGCCAGUCACGCAGCUGCUCGAUCGGCUGCGUAGUCCAGCAAGUGCACGCGUUGCUCGAGAUGCCGCGGUGACUGGAUCGCUGCUUGUCGCGCCGACCCAUGACCAGAACGCCCAGCGAGACGAGUUGGCUGAAUUCUACAAUGAUUCCAGCGUUGCACAGGUUGCCAAGCUGGCAUUGUCCGAAACGACCGCCGUUAGCGUCAAUGUACCCACGCACAAUGCUCCGGCCAAUGCGGCGACGGAUCCGAUUUGGGACGGAUGGUCCUUUGCCACAGCGUCGGGCAGGCUGUUCCCAAUGUCGGACGCCGAGAUUGCUGCUGCUGCUGUCAAAGCUUCCAAGGCGGACGAGCACUACGAUGCAUACCCGUUCGAUCUGGGUGUCGUUAUUUCGUUCGGAGCCAUGAUUCCGGAGCGUGUGCUGCGAAGCUUUCGGCUUGGCGCCAUCAACAUCCACCCGUCGUUGCUGCCAAAGUACCGCGGCGCCGCUCCGAUUCACCGCGCGAUCAUGGCUGGCGACACGGAAACUGGCGUGAGCAUUCUAACAGUGACUCCUCACAAGUUUGAUGUCGGUUCCAUCCUGCUUCAAAAGCACGCGCCGCUGCCCGUUCAAUUUUCGGCUACAGAGGCUGUCGCAAGUCUAGGAAGGCUUGGAGCUCAGAUGCUCACCGAAUGCAUCCAAAAUCUACCAGCCUACCUGGCAAAUAGCACGCCUCAGGCUCAAAAAGGCGGCGUCAUGGCGCGCAAGCUGACACCCGACACCUCCUACCUGAAUUUUACUAAUCCGGCCGCUCAAAUCGCCAAUCAAUGCAGAGCGCUCGUGGGAACCGUGUUCACACCUCGUGCCAUGUACGAGGACAAGGUUGUCAUGCUGCACAACUUGUUUCUGCUCGGCUUGAAUCCCCGACCCUCCUGGGCGCCCGACGUGUCGCUUCAGACCUUCCACGACUGUCUGGUGGCCCAGCACGCCAAGGCCAAGUUGCCAGGACAGCCACAAGCCACUCAGCCGCCAGGCACCAUUGUUUUCGACAACAAACACGAGCUCUUGUAUGUCGUGUGUGGCGACAAUCAGGUCGUUGCGAUAGAUGGGGUGACGUUUGAAAAACGCUCCAAACAAAGUGCGCCGCAAUUCUUCCACGGCUACAUGACCAAGGCGCUGGCCGCUGGUCGUCGCCCUCAGUUUUCUGCCCUCGAUGGGUCGAUGCUUGCAAAGCCUUCCGUGUAGAAGACGUCGAGACAAGUAGCAGGGCUGUGACUAUGCAUUGAGACACGUUGAGCCAAACGCAAAAUAAAAAUUCGUGUAAUAUUACAAAAUAAAGUGACGC